AUGGAUGUUCACCUCCCUGGUGAAGCAAUCGUCAUUUUAAAUUAUUAUCUCGAUUUGGAAAGGAAUAGUUUCGGCACUGUAUUGGAAUCUGUUACUAAAAUUCGAAAGUUCUUAUCCAGUGAAAGGGAUAUUAUAGGGAGAAUAUCAACAGUUGUUGAAUCGAGAGUUUUGGAAAGGAUUGUGAAUUUGCUUGAUGAGGAAUAUAUUGCCAAGUUUUUUACUGUUAAAAGUGAAACGAAUCAAAACGAAACUUCACAUUGUGCUAAAAGAAUAAUUUCUCAAUCAGAUUUGAUUUCUAUUCUGUAUGAAACAAGUUGGUUGAUUAUUAAUGUUGUGUCUGGAAAUUAUGACCAUACCAAUUACAUAGUUUCGUGUGGAGUCAUUUCUAAACUUGUCAAAUUGUUAAAGAAAACUAAUUCUAGUUCCAUAAUUGAUCAAUGUAUUUGGGCUUUGGGAAAUAUUGCUGGAGAAUCUGUAGAAUUUAGAAAUUUAGUGUUAGAUCACAAUAUUAUGGAAAUAAUGGUGGAAUUGAUGCAAAAUUAUUUGCUACUGGAUUUGAAAGUUUUAAAUAGAGGUUGGUUGUAA